UUACUCUGAUGGCUUUGAUAUCAAACUUGUGCAUCUUUGUUUUGGUAGCACAUUUUGCCAUCACAGUUGUGUGCCAUGAAAGACCUCAUCAAACUGCUCUUUUCGUGUUCGGUGAUUCAAUUUUUGAUCCUGGAAAUAAUAAUUACAUCAACACCAUUGCUAGCUUCCAAGCAAAUUAUUUCCCUUAUGGAGAAUCAUUCUUCAAGUACCCGACUGGCAGGAACUCCAAUGGACGCCUCAUUCCUGAUUUUAUAGCUGAAUAUGCUAAUUUGCCAUUUAUUCCGCCGUAUUUUGAAAUUGGGAAGAAGCAUUUGGUACAUGGAGUAAACUUUGCAUCAGGUGGUUCUGGUUGUUUGGCUGAAACCGCUCGUGGCUUUGUUAUAGAUCUUCAAACUCAGUUGAAAUUAUUCCAAAGCGUGACACAACUGUUGAGGAACAAAGUGGGUGAAACAGAGUCGAAGCAGAUCCUCUCCAACGCUGUAUAUAUUUUUAGCACUGGCAGCAAUGAUUUCUUUGCCCCUUUAUUAGCAAAUUCGACUUUUCAAUAUUCCGAUAGAGAAUAUGUACAGAUGAUUAUGGGCAACUUGACUUCUGUUUUAAAGGGAAUUUAUAAGGAAGGAGGGAGAAAGUUUGUGAUGCUUAAUUUGGGUCCAUUAGGCUGUCUCCCUUUACUGAGAGCUCUCAACCUUCAAAUUGGAGUUACAAAUGGAAGUUGCAUGGAGAAGGCCACAAACUUGGCCAAACUGUUCAAUUCAGCCCUCCCGGAAAUGCUCAAAAAACUAGAGAAGCAAUUGCCUGGAUUUAAGUAUACAAUAUUCAACUUCUUCAAAGUAAUUGCAGAUAGCAUUCAUAAUCCAACAAAACAUGGUUUGAAGAUAUCAGAGACGGCUUGUUGUGGAACGGGUCCAUUUCGAGGGAUUCAUAGUUGUGGAGGGAAGAGGCAGGUAAAAGAGUACGAGUUAUGUGAAAAUGUGAAAGAUUACUUGUUUUUCGACUCUGUUCAUCCCAGUGAGCAGGCCUACCAAAGAUACACAGAAUUAUUAUGGAAUGGAACUCUAGACGUUGUAGCACCUUACAACCUAAAAUCCUUUUUUGAACUUUCAACAUAACCUGAUGAUGGCAUUGGUGGAAUUCUUUUGUUAAAGCGUACUAAAGGAAAGAAUAAAUAAAGUGAAACAUGAUGUUGAAAAGCUUGAUCUCUAAUAAUUUUUCUGUUCUUGUUGUGUUCAACUUAUAAUGAGGAGCCGAUCUUUAGAUUUGAUGAGAUGACUUCAUGUCUUAGUCCUCAUGAUUGAUCAAAGUAGAGACUCAUGCAAUGUAAAUUUUCAAUUGUAUAUGCAGUCAGAGAAGGAUUUGUAACUGAAUGUAUGUUUUGUUAGGGAAUCAUAGUGAGAUCAAUAAAAUUUCCAUUGUAGCUGA